UCUGAAUAAGCCACAUUUCAUAAUGUUAAGUCAAAGCAGUUGUAUAUAUUUGUGCCUGUUGCUGUCUGGUUUCUUUGGCAUCCUUGUCACCGGUGAGUUUUAUUCAUCCAUCGAUAAAAUGGAAAUAUUGGGAGAAAUGGAGGAAACGCUGGUCGAAGCCACGCAUAUCUAUCUGGUCCAGCAGCAGCAACAGUUUCAAUUGUUAAGCAGUUUCGUGGAUCGUAUAAGACGUGAACAUGCCUCAGCCAGUGAGAUGCAUGAGCAGAAUGAAGAGUACUUGGAACAACCCCUGCAAGCAUUUAGACUGAUCAAACGACUAGUUAUAGACUGGAAAGACCUUAACCAUUUACUGGCUAUGAAUGAGUUAAAAGCAAAUUAUCGCAACUUAUUGGACGAGAUGGAUAAAGAAGUAGAAGUUUUACCAAAUCUAGAGGAACUACAAGGUGCAAUAAAGGGCUUAGUGCGACUGCAGGAUGUGUAUAAUUUAACAGCAAGUGAUUUGGCCGAUGGUAAUCUUAAUGGCAAAAAAACGGACAGCGCACUAAAUUGGCGCGACUGCUUUGAGAUUGGUGUACAACUAUAUGAAAUGGCGGAGUACAAGAGAGCUCUGCAGUGGUUUGUUCUGGCAGAUAAAUUGCUCGAUGAAGUACAUGGGGAUAACACACUUAAAAUGGCAACAGAGGUAUAUGAAUAUUUGGCACUGACCUAUAUAGAGUUGGGCGAAAUGAACACAGCACAGGAAACGUUGACAAAGCUGCUGACCUGGAACUCAGCACAUCCUACGCAACAUAUACAAGCACACCUGGAUCACAGAAUGCCCAAGUGUCCCAUUAAGAAGGAAGACUCUGAAUAUUUUAGCGACUACGUGCGACUUUGUCAGGGCAAGCGACUGCCAGAGAUUAAAACAAAUCAAAGUUCUCCACGAUGUUAUCUGGACUCUAAUCAACAUGCAUAUUUCAAGCUGUCGCCAUUGAAAGUAGAGCAGGUGAACCUCGCUCCGGACAUAAACAUCUACUAUGACGUGCUCAAUGAUAAUCAGAUAAAGUCAAUAUUAGAGUUAUCUACUGAAUUUGAAAGUUUUCGCUCCAGUGUCAACAAAUAUAAUGUCACCGACAAACGGGUUAGCCAACAGGUGUGGCUAAACUACAGCAGCCCCAUAAUGAGGACUUAUCGUCAAUUAGUAGGCGCCAUUUCCGGUUUCAAUAUGACUAAUGCCGAAAUUAUGCAGGUUGCCAAUUAUGGUAUUGGCGGUCAAUACGAACCCCAUCACGAUUUCUCUGGCGCCAAUCUAGCCGCACGCUAUGCCAACUUCGGCGAUCGCAUCAGUACAAAUAUGAUCUAUCUCUCGGAUGUGCAGCAGGGAGGCUAUACGGUAUUUCCCACACAAAAUGUAUUUGUAAAGCCCAUCAAGGGCGCCAUGGUCAUGUGGCAUAAUCUACUCAGAUCGCUUGAUGGCGAUCGUCGGACCCUUCAUGCCGGUUGUCCUGUUAUUGAGGGCACCAAGCGCAUUGGCAACAUUUGGAUUCAUUCGGGCUAUCAGGAGUUUCGACGACCUUGCACGCUUAAUUCUAAAGAAUAAGUUUCACUUGAGAUAAGAGUUGAUAGUGGCACAAUGACACUAUUUGAAGUAUAAAAAUUGAAUGGUCCCAUUAACAAUUUACUUUAAAAAAAUCUUUCGAUCCUUUUAUUGAGCAAUACAAAACUUAAUACCUAAAUAAACAAA